ACUUCCAUCACUUAAGAUGGCUGCGCUCAUGUGUUGCAUGUCCGGGAGUUCGCAGUGAAUGUCAGCAUCGACUCUGGGAAUUAAUGCCCGUCUCCGCUGCAAGGUAUUGGUCUCGUUAAGGAUUAACAGGACAGCCGCUCUUCUUUGAAGCUUUUCAACGGUUACGGACGAUGUCUGUUUUGAGCAGCAUUCCUAUACAGGGCAGAUUUUUGGCAGGUCUCCUGCUGAAGGACGCGCCGCGGUGUGCAGAUGUUCGGUUUUCUUCCACGGCUGCUGUACGCAGUGCUGCAGAACCUUGCCAAGAAGCUUCUCCCAAUGACAGUUACGUUGUAAAUCCCAACUUCAUCAACAGAAACCCUCGGAACCUGGAACGUCUGGCUUUAGCGGUCAAAGACCGGGGCUGGGCAACUGUUUGGCCCAGUCAUCAUUUUUGGCACAGACUGUAUUACAAGCGCUCCCAGCAUCACAUCACUGCCUUUGUGGAACAUGGGCCUUCUGGCACUGUCGUCAUCUCGGCCUCUACCCAGGAGUGGCCCAUCAAAAGACACCUGUACUCGACGCAGGAUGUGGCUGCCAGUGAAAACAUUGGACGAGUGCUGGCCCAGCGCUGCCUUGCGGCUGGAAUCCAGCACAUGACCUUCACUGCAAUCCCCUGGCAGUACAAGUGUGAGUCGAUCCAGCGUUUUCGUAAUGCAGUCAAAGAGGGAGGCGUCAUACUGAGUGAGCCCCGGAGAAUUUUCAAGUGACUGCCCCACCAUGUCCUAUGCACACAGACGUUUCUAAAAUGGUGAAUUUGGAGGUGGUGUGUGAUUACAAUCUGGACAGUGGACUGAGCACCAGUGUAGACCUGUAAACAGGUUUGUUGAGUCAUACCAACCUCGGGGGGGUGUACAGGAAAUA